CAAGUCACUUCCCAAUAUUGUUAUCUUAUUAUAUUCUCUCUCCUCUUUCUCACACAAACAAGAAAAAAGGAAGAGAAAAAAUGGCGACAGCUCUCACCGAAAGAAAUACUCCUGCAACAAUGGGAGGAAGCACCACUCAUGGCGAUGGUUUAAGACAAUAUUAUCUUAAACGAAUCAAUGGACUUGAACAUCUUCAUCGUCAAAAAACUCUUGAUCUUAGUCGUCUCGAAGCUCAUCGUAAUGAACUCAAUUCUCAAGUGAGGAUGCUCAAAGAGGAAUUAAUGCUGCUUCAAGAGCCUGGAUCAUAUGUUGGUGAAGUUGUCAAAGUCAUGGGGAAGUCCAAGGUCUUGGUUAAGGUCCAUCCGGAAGGGAAAUAUGUAGUUGAUGUUGAUAAGAGCAUUGACAUAACAAAACUCACACCUUCCACCAGAGUCGCUCUUCGCAAUGACAGUUAUGUCCUCCAUCUGGUCUUACCUAGUAAAGUUGAUCCUUUGGUUAACCUUAUGAAAGUUGAGAAAGUUCCUGACUCUACUUAUGAUAUGAUUGGAGGCUUGGACCAACAAAUCAAAGAGAUAAAGGAGGUUAUUGAGCUUCCAAUCAAGCACCCUGAAUUGUUUGAGAGUCUUGGUAUUGCUCAACCAAAGGGUGUUUUGUUAUAUGGUCCACCCGGUACGGGCAAGACGCUGCUUGCUAGGGCAGUGGCACAUCACACUGACUGUACAUUUAUAAGGGUAUCUGGGUCGGAGUUAGUACAGAAAUAUAUUGGAGAGGGUUCUCGAAUGGUUAGAGAACUUUUCGUCAUGGCAAGAGAACAUGCUCCAUCUAUUAUUUUUAUGGAUGAGAUUGACAGUAUUGGAUCGGCAAGGAUGGAAUCUGGAUCCGGAAAUGGUGAUAGUGAAGUUCAAAGAACUAUGCUGGAGCUUCUCAAUCAAUUAGAUGGAUUUGAAGCGUCAAAAAAGAUCAAAGUUUUGAUGGCUACAAAUCGUAUUGAUAUUUUGGAUCCAGCUCUCCUUAGACCUGGAAGGAUCGAUAGAAAAAUCGAGUUCCCCAAUCCCAAUGAAGAUUCUCGCUGUGACAUCUUGAAGAUCCACUCAAGAAAAAUGAAUUUGAUGCGAGGGAUUGAUUUGAAGAAGAUUGCAGAAAAAAUGAAUGGCGCUUCUGGUGCAGAGCUUAAGGCUGUAUGCACUGAAGCAGGCAUGUUUGCUUUGAGGGAGAGGAGGAUUCACGUCACACAGGAAGAUUUCGAAAUGGCAGUGGCAAAGGUCAUGAAGAAGGACACUGAGAAGAAUAUGUCCUUGAGAAAAUUGUGGAAGUAAAAAUAUAUCAUGAUGUCCUGUGUAUUUUUUCAUGAGAUAACUGAAAAGAAAAGAUCAUAUGAUCUCAUGCUUAGUUCCUAGCUAAUUGACUAUAGCUAGAAGAGAUUAAUGUAUACCUUGCUGUUUUUAUAUCUUUGGUAGAUAGUUUGGAGACUUGCCUUUUUAAAGUUACAUUCGAGCAAGAGGAUAUGGAUGAAUUAUUUGGAUUCAUUGUAGCUCUGCAGUCUAUUGGUACGUUUUUUACAGAUAAUAUUUCAUCUCAAGAUGGGUGAUCAUCUAUUUCCAGCCGUAAAA